AUGUCCGAGGUCAAGCGGGACAUCGCUGCUGCUGCUGCUGGCCGCUCUACUACUCGCGACUUUGGCCUGAUCCCUAUACCUGCACGUCUUCAAUAUGAUCCAGAACGACCUGUUAAGUUCGGUCUCGUGCUGAACAUGAUCUUUGGCGCUAGCAGUACAUUCGUUGUGGCCAAUUUGUACUAUUCGCAGCCGAUGCUGAUCCAUCUAGCCCAAUCCUUCGGCGUAUCCUACGACCGAAUAUCCCGCGUCCCAACGCUCGUCCAGGGCGGCUACGCCGCCGGCAUCCUCCUCGUAACGCCGCUGGGCGACCUCGUGCGUCGCCGGCAGCUGCUGCUGCUCCUGAUCAUCAUCUCCACGCUGCUCUCCGUCGGACUUGCAGCUACUCGCUCACUCGUCGCGUUCGAGAUCUUAUGCUUCUUCGUCGGCGUCUUCAGCUGUGCGCCGCAGGUCCUCGUACCCCUGGCCGCGGACCUUGCGCCGCCGGAACGAAGAGCGAGCGCGAUCUCGAUUGUGUUCUCUGGUCUGCUCCUCGGCGUGCUGUUCUCGCGCGUUAUGAGCGGCGUCGUGGCGCAAUAUGUCACCUGGCGCGUCGUGUACGCCGUCGCGUGCGGUCUUCAAGCUGCGUCACUGCUGGCGCUAUGGGCGACUCUGCCGGACUUCCCGCCGAAAGCGAAGGAGGGGACGACGUACCGGCAGAUACUCACCAUCAUGUUCCGGCUGAUGGGCACGGAGCCCACGCUCAUACAAGUCUGUCUUGUUCAAGUGGCGGCUGCGGCUAUGUUUACAGACUAUUGGGUGACUUUGACGUUCUUGCUGGGCGACAAGCCAUACCACUACGGAAGCACCAUCAUCGGCCUAUUCGGCCUCAUAGGCUUCGUGGGCGUAUGCUGUGCCCCUCUCUACGGGCGCGCCAUAGAUCGUGUCGAGCCGUGGCUGGUCUCGAUCAUCAUGUCGGCUUGCCUGCUGUUGACGUUCUGCCUGUACUGGGGCGCUGCGGGAGUCAACGUCGCCGUACCGGUGCUCAUAACCCUCGGGAUGGACGUCUUCAGGCAGUCGCAGCAGGUUAGUCUAGCGACGCGUAUCUUCACGCUUGGUGAUGGAUUGCGAUCACGAUUGAACGCGUGUUCGAUGUUCUCGAUCAGCAUCGGCCAGUUCAUCGGUAGCGCGGCAGGGUCCAAGAUCUUCCUCGAACACGGCUGGCGAGCCAACGGCGCGCUCAUCGUGGGGUUCUGCUCUUUCUCCCUGAUUGUUCUUCUGCUACGAGGACCCCACGUGGGACGCUAUAUCUGGUUUGGAUACGGAGGUGGUCUUGCUUGGAGACGCGAGCGUCCGGUAUCGGCUCGCGAUGCGGAGACCGCGUCGACGUUGAAGGACGUUAUGGAUGCCGAUGAAUCGAAGCAAGAUGGGCCGACGCGUGCGGCGAGCGUGGAGGGCGAUGUGGAGGAUGGAGCGGCUGAGCAGGAUAAAGGGCCGCUGUCUGAGUCGCAGACGAGGGUGCCAUCGCCUGUGCAGGAGAUAGAGAAGAUAAGCGAGAUCAGUCGUGGGGGUGAUUAUCAGGGUCGAUGA